AUGGCUACGGUUCUACCGCCUCCAUCAAAGCGCCAAAAGCGCGAAAAUCUAGAGAGAACGCAAGUACAACAAGAUGUCAGCGCUGUUGCAGCCGGCCCUGCGGGCUCGUUCAAGGCUCGCUUCCUCGACAGCGAGGGAAAGCAGAUGGCCGACGUUAUAGAAGUGCCUCUCGCAGACGCAUCGGAGAAAAAUCUAUCACUUUUGUUAAAUACACUUUUGGCUAGGGAAAGAGAAGAGUUUCUGCCGUAUCGCUUUCGAAUACAUAUUCCGGAGACGGACAUCAUUGUUGACCAGUAUCCGACCGACUUGCUCCAACUUCUGCGCAGCCAUGGCAUAGAGAACCCCUUUGAAACAACAGUCACACUGAGCGCCGAGCCUCAAGCUGUUUUCAAAGUCCAAGCAGUCACGCGCAUGUCUCAUAGAAUACCCGGCCAUGGAGAAGCGAUAUUGGCCGCUCAAUUCAGUCCUGCAAGCAGCAGCCGACUGGCUACAGGCUCUGGGGACAAGACAGCUCGGAUAUGGGAUACGGAGACAGGAACGCCAAAGUUUACCUUGUCUGGUCACACACACUGGGUUUUGUGUGUGGCUUGGUCGCCCGACGGUAAGCGUUUGGCCACUGGAAGCAUGGACAAAUCUGUACGACUUUGGGACCCCGAGACAGGAAAAGCUGCCGGCUCCGGAGCCUUGACAGGGCAUUCCAAAUGGGUUACCAACAUUGCUUGGGAACCAUAUCAUCUAUGGGAGAAUGGAUCUCCUCGGUUAGCGAGUGCAAGCAAGGAUACAACGAUUCGAGUUUGGGCUGUGAACACGGGCCGGAUUGAGCAUGUCUUGUCCGGUCAUCGGAGUAGUGUGAGCUGCGUCAAAUGGGGAGGCACCGGGUUGAUCUAUUCAGCCAGUCACGACAAAACUGUCAGAGUGUGGGACGCUGAGAAGGGAACACUGGUACACACUCUCUCUUCCCACGCUCACUGGGUAAAUCACCUGGCCCUUUCCACUGAUUUUGCACUACGAACUUCAUUUUAUGAUCACCAGCCCACGCCGAGUAGUGAGGAGGAGAGGCGAAAGAAGGCAAAGGAGCGCUUUGAGAAAGCGGCGAGGUUCCAAGGAAAGAUUGCGGAGCGACUUGUUUCAGCCUCUGAUGAUUUUACCAUGUACCUCUGGGAUCCCUCUCAGGGUACAAAGCCGGUCGCACGACUGCUGGGACACCAAAAAGCCAUCAACCAUGUGACAUUUUCCCCUGAUGGCAGCCUCAUUGCCAGCGCGGGGUGGGACAACCACACAAAGAUCUGGAGCGCAAGAGAUGGCAAAUUUAUCAAUACGCUCCGAGGCCAUGUAGCACCUAUAUACCAGUGUGCCUUUUCUGCCGAUAGCCGACUUCUUGUGACGGCGUCCAAGGAUACCACAUUGAAGGUGUGGUCCAUGGCCACGUACAAACUGGCAGUUGACCUACCAGGACACCAAGAUGAAGUCUUUGCAGUCGACUGGAGUCCUGACGGACAACGAGUUGGCAGCGGAGGAAAAGACAAAGCCGUACGCCUGUGGAUGAACUAA